GAAUCAAAUCACAGCCUUACAUAAUAAUCUCUUAUCAUCAUCAUCAUCAUCAUCAUGAUCGUCAUGAUGAGGUGUGUAGGAGAUUGGUUUCAUUCCAUUCCAUUCCAUUCGACGAUUCGAUGCAACCAACAGGGGGUAAGUGUGAAGAGAAUAUCACGUGCCUCCCGCCAAAAGCACGUCAAGACUUCGCAGCAUCACGUCAAUAUUCGAGCCAUACAUUCUGCGCGCAUACACCCCCGCUCACUCUGGACCGGGGAGGUUGGGAGGGAUGCACGGGUUUUAGUGCGGUGGGUUUGAGGAUGGGUGGACGUACGUACUGCGAUUUUUUUCUGGAGUUGGAGUGGGAGUUUGAGUGGGUGGUUAGAUGGGAGAUGGGAGGGAGAGGGGUUUGGGUGUGGUGAGGGUCUGAGAUAGGCGGAUGGGAUGGGAUGGGAUGGGAUGGGAUGGUCGGGAUGAGCGUGCAUCUGUAUAGAUGGAUUUAUGUGUAUAUCAUGCAAGUGCAUGCAUGCAUGCUUGUUACAUUUUCGGAAAGGAAAAAUGGGGAGAUGGUAUUUUUUGGGGGGGGGAUGGUUGUAUAUAUAUUGGGGUAGUGUAUGUGUAUUGGAGGAUGUUUUUUCUGCUUUGCUCCCUCUUUUUCUUCAGCGGUUUGAGACUUGGUGUGUGAAAUUGUGCUUUUUCUGUAAUUUGGAGAAGAAUUGGAGGAUAGCAAGCAAGCAAGAAAGCAAGAAAGCAAGGAGAAUUGAACAGAAUGGGCGCUCAAGAGACAUGUGAUGGGCCGUUCAAAGCAGCUGGUGAUGAAGAAGUUGCAGCUAUCAGUGUGGAAGAGAAUAUACAGCCUGAUUGGACGCAGGAGGAAGAACGAUUGGCCAAGAGAAAAAUCGAUUUUAUUCUUCUCCCGAUUCUUGGACUUGCGUUUUUUGCUCUGCAGCUGGAUAGAGGAAAUAUUGCAAAUGCGUUGACGAGUACUAUCACGACGGAUUUGGGCGUGACGACGAAUCAGAUUAAUGCGGGAUCGAGUAUUUUAUCGGCGGGAAUCGUAGUGUUGGAGAUUCCUAGUAAUGUUCUAUUGCAAAAGAUCGGACCACAGAAGUGGUUAGCAGGUCAAAUUAUAGCUUGGGGAUUGGUGGCUACUUUUCAAAACUUCAUCACGAAUUACUCGGGAUAUAUCGUCACUCGUCUCUUGCUAGGACUGUGCGAAGCAGGAUUUAUUCCCGGGGCUCUCUAUACCAUGUCUCUUUGGUAUAAGAAAUCCGAAUCGAGUUUGAGGAUAUCGAUUUUCUUCUUGGGGAAUCUGUUGGCUUCGGCAACGACUUCUCUUAUUGGAGCGGGGAUCUUGUCAAUGUCGGGGAGAUAUGGUAUUGCGGGGUGGAGAUGGCUAUUUAUCAUUGAAGGAUUGAUAACUAUCGGAAUCGGUUUCAUCUUCAUUCUCUUCCUCCCUCCCAGCGUCUCAAACGGCUCUCCACUGAUCAGCGGUGGUAAAUGGAGUUAUUUCACUCCCCGGGAACAAUACAUUCUAGUGCGACGAAUUCUCCUCGAUGAUCCUGCCAAAACUACAGGACAGCUCCGGAUCUCCGGAAAAGAAGUCCUGAGAACGAUUAGAAAACCAAGAAUAUUGGUUCACAACCUCAUCACGUUAACAUCUACAAUCUCUGUUAGCGCGGUACAAGGCUAUGGACCUUCGAUCAUUAAGAGUCUAGGUUUCAAAACGGUACGAGCAAAUGCUAUGGCAUCGGUUGGGAAUUUUAUCGCGGCAUUUGUGGUAGUGAUUCUUGGAUUCGUUGCAGAUAAAACAGGACGUCGUGGCCCUGCAGUCGUUUUCGGCGCUACUUGGUGCGUGAUCGCCUAUGCUUGCUUACGCAUUUCCAUUGGAGAAAGUAAAUGGCAUCGCUAUGCUGCAGUGGUUUUCUCCAUGGCUACAAAUUCUAACGUCCACAUCCUCAACGUCUCCUGGCUCUCCAUCAACUGCAAAUCUCCUCAGGAACGUAGUAUAGCCAUGGCGAUGAUUAUCAUGGCCGCUAACUCAGCGGCUAUUGCAGGAUCGCAAGUCUUUCGCACUGCGGAUGCCCCGCUGUAUACGCAUGCCUUUACGGCUAUGUAUAUACUUGCCGCGGCGACAUUUGCCAUUGUGGUGGGCUUGAUGGUGUGGUAUAUUUUUGCGAAUAGGAGGUUAGGAAAGAAACCGGAGGUGGUGCAAGGAGGAUUGAAGAUGGAGGGGGAGAGUGGAGAGGAGGGAAGUUUGGAGGUGGUGAAGAAAUGGUGGUGGACUUGGUGAGGUCGGAUGAGUUGAAUAGAUAAAAUGGAGAUUGGGUUAUUGUUUUUGUAGUAAUGUAUUCUGGGAUAGUAAAGAUGAUAUUGGAUUAAUGAAUAACAAUACGAGUUGCUGA